GAACAAUCGAGAACGCUCAGGCCAUGCCAUGACAGGGUUCAUCUCCGGCGACGGAAGAGACGGUGACUUGCACGGUGGCGGCGGGUGCAGAAAACAACGACGUGGCAGGGGAAUGCGUGGCGCACGGUGGCCGGAAUAACUCUCCCUCGGUGGAGAAACGUGCUACCUGCAGCAGCUACCUACAGUAGCAACAAUAACAAAGCGAUGAACUCUCAUCUAUUCAACUGCCAAAUAACUAACUAACUAACGGCUAACUGAUUAACGUAACUGACAAGCUUACUGAACUAACCGCCUAACUGAUUCGAUUUUUCUUUUUGGCAGAACAAAUUGAUGGUCACGCAAUUGGUGUGUGCCACUGAAUUCAAACUAUAAAUACGCGUUUUGCUUCCCGCUAUUUUCACAAAUCACAAUCACCAACCGUCAACAAUUCAUCAGAGAAAGAAAGAAUGCAAACACCAGAGCGUAGCAGGAAGAGGCCGAGAGAAGGAGGAGGAUCAUCUUCAAUGGCUGCGGAAGAUCAAGAAGGAUCAUCAUCUUCAAUGUCUGUGGACGAAGCAUCAUCAUCUUCAAUGCCUCCUGUGAGAGUUUUCAUAGUGUUUUAUCCGAUGGAUGGUCAAGUGGAGAUACUAGCAAGGAGAAUACUCGACGGGGUUAAUUCUGUACAAGGUGUUGAGGCAAAACUAUGGACGGUACCUGAGCCACUGCCAGCUGAGCUAAGAGCACCAACCAAGAGUGAUGUAUCAACCAUCACUGCAAACGAAUUCAUAAAGGCUGAUUGUGUAAUCUUGGGCUUCCCAGCAAGGUUUGGAAUGAUGGCUUCUCAGUUCAAAGCCUUUCUAGAAACUACUGAAUCUGAUGCGCAAAAAGGCUUUUUUGCAUCCAAGCCUGCUGGCAUCUUCUACAGCAGCAAUACCCCAGGCAGUGGACAAGAGACUGCAGCGCUCACUGCUGUAACUCAGCUGGCUCAUCUUGGAAUGAUAUUGGUUCCGAUUGGAUAUCCAUCGGAUAUUGACAUGUUUCAGGGAGGAUCACUCAUGGAAAUGAAAGGUGGAAGUCCAUAUGGGACAGGAACUUAUACUGGUGUUGAUGGCUUUAAACAGCCAACUCCGCGUGAAUUGGAUUCAGCAUUUCGUCAAGGAAAACAUACUGCCGAGAUCGCAAAGCAGCUCAAGGAUUAUGGUUUUCAGAGAUGUAUGGAAGAUAUCUGGUGAUUGAUAUUUGCUUUACAAGUUUCUUGGUGUUUCUCUCUCAUUUAUUCGGCCAAGAAAUACUUGUUACUGAUCCCCUUUCACGAAUGUAAUGAUAGCAGAAUGAAAGAUUAAUCUGCAAGUAUGUGUAUGCAGUAAACUUCUAAUUUCUUGUUACAAUACUGUUAGUAGAUUAGUUUGUUAGCGUAUUGUUAGAAACUGUAGCAUUUAGUUACUGAAUUAGUUAGUUCAGUAAGUAUGAACACUUGUGUGUAAAGAGAUGCUAUAGUUUGUUAUCAGUUUCUUAAUUCAACAAGACGAAUUCAUUUCA